UUCGUGAUUUGUCUGAUGCUGCGAUUCAAAGAUCUGGAAGGUGGCGAUAAUGCGCUCCAACUCAUGGUAGCCAAUCUAGCGAAGAAGAGAUUCGAGGUCUCAGUGGAUCUCUUUCUCAGAUAACUUCGUCAGUUCUUGUUAAAAUUCAGAAUGACAGACAGUUCAGGGCUGCACUUUGUGAGCUCUUAUGCUUUUGAGGCCAUUCAGAAGGUGGAUGUGAUGCGACUGGCAGCUCUAAGUGAUCAGGAACUGAGGCUUUUGUUGCCGUGUCUGGUGAGGAUGGCGCUCUGUGCUCCUGCUGAUCAAAGCAAUGCUUGGGCCCAGGAAAAGAAGCAAAUCUUGCGCCUGCUCUCUGGUGUGGAGGCAGUGAACUCUAUAGUGGCACUGCUUUCAGUGGACUUCCAUGCUCUGGAACAAGAUGCCAGGAAAGAGCAGCAGCUUAGGCAUAAGGCAGGUGCGGCAAACAGUGAAAGUAUCCUCGUCUCUCAGUUACAACAUGGUCUAGCCCUGGAGUUUGAACACAGUGACCCUCUUAGGAGACUUAGACUGGUUCUCAGUGAGCUUCUGGCCAUCAUGAACAAGGUAGCUGACCCCAACAGGGAGUUUUUUCUCAAGUCCUCUGAGCUGUUUGAAAGUCCAGUAUACCUGGAGGAGGUUGCAGAUGUUUUUUGCAUCCUUCAAGCAGAACUGCCCUCUUUAUUGCCUGUCGUAGAUGUUGCUGAGGCCUUACUACAUGUGCGAAAUGGAGUGUGGUUUCUUUGCCUCCUUGUCGCCAAUGUCCCAGACAGCUUUAACGAAGUAUGUCGGGGUCUAAUAAAGAGUGGUGAACGCCAAGAUGAGGAGAAUGUUGCUGGGAGACACAGGACUGAGGCAUUAAGGCAGCUGUGCCAGAUGAACCCAUCUCAAGCCUUUAACAUCAGAGCCAUGGUGGUAGAGGAAUGCCACCUACCGGGCUUAGGGGUCGCGCUGACUUUAGAUUAUAAGCCAAGCAGUGCAGACAAAGCUGUUAGUCCUCUAGUGUCUUAUGUCAGUGGUCUGCUCCUGGGUACAAACAGCAAAGUACGCACAUGGUUUGGUAUGUUCAUUCGCAAUGGGCAACAGAGAAAGAGUCACAGUAGUUCAGUUUUGUGGCAAAUGCGGAGACAGCUGCUUUUGGAACUGGUGGCCAUCUUGCCUUGCUCACACAUCAGACGUGCACCUCAUGACGCAAGGCUCAGUCCUGAAAUAGAGGGCAGCUCAGCAUACUCAAGCCUAAGAGAAGAGCAUGUGGUCAAAGCCAGUUCAUUACUCAGGCUUUACUGUGCUCUUAUGGGCAUUGCUGGCCUCAGACCCACAGAUGAGGAGGCUGAGCAGCUACUCCAGCUGAUGACCAGCCGCCCCCCUGCUACACCUGCUGGAGUCCGUUUUGUCUCUCUGUCAUUUUGCAAAUUACUCGCAUUCCCUACACUUGUCAGUACACCAGAACAGGAACAGCUGAUGGUGAUGUGGCUCAGCUGGAUGAUUAAGGAGGAAGAGUACUUUGAAAGUGCAGCUGGUGUUUCUGCUUCUUUUGGAGAGAUGCUGUUGCUUGUUGCUAUGUAUUUCCAUACCAACCAGCUCAGUGCCAUUAUUGAGCUAGUCUGCUCCACAUUAGGAAUGAAGAUUGCCAUUAAGCCCAGUUCUCUAAACAAAAUGAAGACCAUAUUUACCCACGAGAUCUUCACUGAGCAGGUGGUUACUGCCCAUGCGGUGAGAGUGGCUGUCACCAAUAACCUGAGUGCCAAUAUUACUGGUUUUUUACCCAUCCAUUGCAUUCACCAGCUUCUCAAAAGCAGGGCCUUCACCAAGCAUAAAGUCUCCAUCAAGGAUUGGAUCUUUAGGCAGCUGUGUGAGACCACCACACCCCUUCACACUCAGCUCCUUCCUCUCAUUGAUGUUUACAUUACGUCCAUUCUUACUCCUGCUUCUAAGGCCCACCCAGAGGCUACCAACCAACCAAUUACAGAGCAGGAGAUUCUUAAUGUUUUUGAGGGCCAGACAUGGGGAGCUGCAGGGAAAGGACAUUUUCACUAUAGCAUUACCACUCAGCUUCUAAUUCUCUAUUAUAUUCUGUCUUAUGAAGAGGCUCUACUGGCCAACAGCAAAGCUCUUGUCCUGAUGCAGAAGAAGCCAAAGUCCUACUCUGCUACCCUAAUGGACCAAAUCCCUAUUAAAUACCUCAUCUGCCAGGCUCAGGGCUUGCAUCAUGAAUUGGGGGGAUUGCAUUCUGCACUGCUGCGACUCUUGGCUACUAACUAUCCUCAUCUGUGUAUGGUGGAAGACUGGAUUUGUGAGGAGGAGGUGACUGGCACUGUUCCUCUCAUGCGCAAGAUGUUGCUCACUAGCCCAGCAUGCAAGUACUCACCUGUCCAGUUGCACAAGGCCUUCCAGAAUAUAAGACUGAGUGGGCACAUACUGCUGCAGAUCCUGGAGUAUUUGACAUUACUGAGUGCAGGGGAUCUGAUCCCCUAUGCAGAGGCCCUGACUACAAAUGUGGGCUUGCUGCUAGAGGAUAUUGUGUCUCGAAGAGUGCUGCAGACUGUUAACAAGCUCUGGAUGGUACUCAAUACAGUCAUGCCUCGAAGGCUGUGGGUGAUGACAGUAAAUGCUUUGCAGCCAUCUGUUAAGCAUCUCAGGAAGCAAUGCUACACUCAAAAUGACCUGUUAGUGGACCCUCUGAUCGUGUUGCGAUGUGACCCCAGAGUGUUAAGGUGUCCUCCCCUGAUGGAUAUCAUGUUACACAUAUUGAAUGGCUAUUUGAAGGCAUCCAAGGCCUACUUGAAUGCACACCUGAAGGAGACUGCUGAAUUCGAGAGGCAAAAUCUAACUAUCUCAAAUCUGGGGCUUGCUGGCCAGCCAGAUACACCAGAGGUCACAAGAGAGGAGCUCAAGAAUGCUCUAUUGGCUGCACAGGACAGUGCAGCUGUGCAGAUCUUAUUGGAGGUGUGUUUACCCUCCCCUCAGGAAGAGCAACAACUGGACAGAAGAGGUUCCUGUUUGCUGAGGACUCCUCAGUCUGUUUCAAUUCUCCCUGAAAAGGAAAAACGAAAAGCUGGAGCCUUGUGGUCAUCCUGUUCAUCACAGGAGGCCAAGAAUCAACCAGUGGGGGACAAAGAGGGGACUGAGGGGGGAUUGCUCAGUGACAUCAGGGAAGUACAGUGCCUCAUUUGCUCUCUGCUGCACCAGAUGUUUAUUGCAGAUCCCAACAUCGCCAAACUAGUACACUUCCAGGGUUAUCCUCAGGCUCUGCUUCCUCUGACUGUAGCUGGCAUUCCUUCCAUGCACAUCUGUUUGGACUUUAUUCCUGAGCUCUUGGCACAGCCUCAGCUUGAGAAACAGAUCUUUGCAAUCCAGCUUCUUUCUUGCCUUUGCACACAGUAUGCCCUGCCUAAAUCCCUCACUGUGGCACGCCUAGCUAUCAGUGUGAUGGGUACUCUACUCACAAUCCUAACACGUGCCAAGCGCUUUGCUUUCUUCAUGCCCACCUUACCAUGUUUGGUGUCCAUUUGUUGGGCUUUUCCUCCACUCUAUGAUGAUGUGGCAUCCCUGCUGGUGCAACUGGGCCAGGUCUGUGCAGCUGAUGUUGCUGCUAAAGCCCAGGAUGUUGACCCAUUUAUUGCCACAGCCCUGAGUCACCUGGACAGCAGAAAGAGGAAUUUUUAAAAUGCUGUUUGUCGACUACAGUUCAGCAUUUAACAGCAUAAUUCAUUCCAUACUUGCCACCAUGUUUGAGGGUCCUGAGACUUAGCCUGUUGCACUCAAUGGAUCUCCAAUUUCCUUACACAGACCAGAAGCAGUACAGGUAGGCAAUCAUUUCUCAUCCUCCUUCACCCUCAGCACUGAAGGCCCCAGGGUUGUAUGUUGUGCAACUGGUGUGGGAACAGCACAAAGCAGGAAGGCAAGCUUCCCAGAGGGUAAUGCAAUCAGCUGAGUGUACAAUCUGCACUGAGCUCCCUAACCUGCAAUUGAUUUACAGCAAGCAGUGCUGGAGCAAGGCCAGGAAGAUAGGGAAAGGACCUUAGUCAUCCAAACAAUGGACAAGGGGAGCACUUCUGCUCCUUGAAUGCAAACACAGACAGCAUGAGGAGGAGCUUCUUCCCAUAGGUCAUCCGGGCCCUCAACCAGUAGAAAACAUAGAGAGCUUGUACUGGACUGAUUGCAUAACAUCCAAUACCUCAAAUGGACUUUUGCACAACUCACUUCAAAGACAAUCAUUUCACACCCAUUGCACAUGCUUUGCACUUUACUCAAUAGUAUACUCAUACUCAUUUUACUCAUAUCAACAUAUCAGUCACUGAUAUGAUAAGAGAACUAAAUGUUCUCUUUUUUUUCCCCAAGUCAUUGUACAGUAGAUUGCAUUUCCUUAUUAUCUAUUUUAUUUUAAAGACUUUUUUGAAUCUCUAUUUCUUUUGUACAUGGGCAGUUGUAAAACAUAACAUGUCGUACUGUGUAUGACACAGUAUUUACCUUUUCUCUUGAAUUCUAUAAUCAUAGAUGACUGGAAAAUGUGGAGGUGGCUGGGUGUUGCUCUUCAGAUUUUGCUUUUUCUAAACAUGUACAUCAAUGCUGCCAAAGCAAAAACUUUUACAGAACCACAUACAAAGUCUUUCAAGACUACUCAGAUGAUUGUUCAAGAUCUUCCCCGCAAAGCUCAAACUUCUUUCUAAUGGUGGCUAGGGAAAUCGCACCAUCCUGGUGCCAUGUGUUCCUCGGGCUCCCCAGCCAUCCACAUCAUUUAAAAGAAAAUGUGAUUAAUCAGACCAGGCCACCAUGGGCGUCACUAAGCCAUUUUGAGGGGGGCUUUAGCCCCCCUAACAUUUUAACUCAGCCUCUUCUGCGAUUCUCCAUAAACUCUACACAAAUUGGUGAUCACCUCAGUCCCCUUUAAAUUUAAUAUGAAAACAGCAGCAGACUUUGGCUCUUCCCCGUCUUUCAGCGCGCUCUUCAAUCCGCAGACCACGGCAUCGCAGAGCGAGGAUCAG